AUGCAGCUCCUCCAUGCGCCUCAACUGACACAUCAAAAACCCAGUGAGCGGCAAGAUUGCUGUUGGCUUUUGCCGAUUGUCAAUUUAUCAUCACCAUCAGAUGAAAUGCCUACUGUCUUCAGCAAGUUUGCCGAUGUUGAGAUUUCGUCCCACGAUCUCCAACCUACACCUGUACAGGGACAGGACGAAAAGUCGGAAUCGCACACCCAGCUGCCCAGCUCCGAUGUAUAUCAAGUGAGCCGAGCCGAGUUGGAACAGCUCAAGGCAAUUCUAGGGGAGAUUGUGACAGAGAGACGCCUCAUAGACUCCCAGCUCGAAGCCAUAAAGCAACAUCCCACAGUCGAAGGCCGUGUGCCAGAACUGCUCAAUCCUCCGUCAAUUAGAGCCGAGAUGGGGCCUACCGAGGCAAGCAGAUCCCCAAGGGCAGACAUCGACAUGACUCAGUCCAAGUCACGAAAUUGGACGGAUAAACGGGCUGGGCUCACUCUGGACAAUGGGCAGCUGAGGCUGAGGAUUGAGGAGUGGCGGACCCGUGCUCCGAUAUUCCGCGUGGAGAACAACACCAAGGGUAACCCGAAGUGCGACCUUGAUGCAGCGAUUGAAAGCCCUGAGCUCGUGCGUGUUGACUUUAAGAUCCCCAUCGAUUACCCAGAGGGCAUGUUGGGAAUCAUGAGAUCGAUUGAAGCGCUCUUCACGUCUCCAAAGAGGAUCGCCAUGAGCAACGUCGAGACCGGUUCCGCACCGGCUUGCCGAGAGGCAACGAACCCCAAGCGGCACAGCUAUUACAUGAAAUGGACAGCCCCAUGGGAAUCAUCCGGCUGCCGAGUAAGCUGGAUGAAGGCGAAAGAAAAGUCGUCAACCCUAAGGUUCAAGUUUGUGAGUGGCAGGAAUGCCAACCCCGGGGAGCAGAUGAUGGUCACUGUUGACGAGCGUGACCAUUUCUACCGGAAGAUCUCUAAAAAUGACCCUAACACUUACGGCAAAUGGAUGGCACUUCCGGUCCGGAUUUGGCUGCGCAUUCAAUGUCUGGUGUCAGAGACUAGCGGCGUAGACAACGGGCUGUUUGGGAAGUUGCUUGUCGAUGACGUUCCACCUUCUUCUUCCAAAAAGAAGAAGAAUAAAGGAAAGAAGUCAUCAAAGAAACCUGCAAAGAGAGCCCGUGAACAUUCCACGGCUGAAGAAGGAAGAUCUGAGGACGAAAAGCCUGAUGCGUCAGUUGUGCCAAGUCCAGGGCAGUCAGUGUUAGGGGAAGAACAUACCAUGGAGAAAGUGGGAAGUCAAGAGUUGACCAAGGAGUUGACCGAGGAAGAGUUGCCCCAAGAAGAGUUGACCCAGCAUGAGUUGACAGAGCAAGAAGAAGAGUCAACCAGAGAGGAGUCAACGAGGGAAGAGUCGACAAAGGAAGAGUCGGCCCAUCAUAAGUCACCCCAGGAAGAGUUGACCAAGCGGGUCUCUACACUCACGAUUGAUACCUGGAAGAGCAACCAAAGGUUUAAGGGCAAGGAGAAGGGAAAGCGCACACCUUCUUCAUCUGGCUCCGACACAGGAAAGAGAGACGCAGACCACGUUCCUGUUCACACCACACACAACAUGACAGAGCAGAAUGAUGGCUUACUUCCAGAAAUGCAUGACAUCGCUCCACAGGAUGUCCUGACUGAGCAGCAACUUGCGGGAGUUGCUGGCCAACAAACAGUCAAUGCCUCCCGGGUCCCUAUUACCCCCAUUGACUCGACUACCCCAUUUUCUCCAUCAUUCGAGACAGCCCGAACCCACAUCUCCCCCCGCACUCCCCUCCCCUCAUCCUCUUUCUCGUCUUUCUUCACACCUACGACCGCCUUACAGAAGAUAGACGAGGAUCACGGGGAAGAAGCAGUGCAAGCGGAAGGAAACGAGCCAGCAAAGGUUUCAGAUGAGCUGGGCUUGACUCCGCAGGGGGCUGAGGUUGGGCUUCGGUGUCCUGUCUCGGACAACAGGGGCGAGGUGUGGUUUUCUGACUCUGAAGAGUACCCUGGCGGCCACGAGGCGCAGGAGCCAGUCUUGCGUCGGAGUGAGUCUUUCGACGUGGCCAAUCUAGGGCUUUUCGAGGGCCAGGAAACCACAUCCUCGUCCCAAACGGCCGACCCUCCAUCGACCUCCUGUGCCUCUUCUGUCUUGUCCACUGCAGAGUCCGCUGGGUCUGCGACUUAUGAUUCCAGUUCAUCUUGCACUGUCUUGGCAGAUGACCAAACUCCAGCCGAGUCUAGCCAACAUGACAAGAAGAGAGCAUACAAGAAGAAGAAGCGUGAGAGACGGAAGUGUAAGAACUUGAUGAAGCGUCAGGAAGCGCGCGAUGCGGACGCCGAGUUCCCCGUCUCUAAUGCUUCUUCCAAGGAAGAUGGAGUGGAAGGUCGUUCUCCGUCUCCACCCGAGUCGUUUGAGGAUGAUGAACCGACUCCCACAGCCAUGCAGUUCGGCAACAUCGGGCCUCCAACCCCUCAAUCACAGUGGGACUUGAGCAUGAUCGGGAUUCUCUGCCAGAAGGCAGACUGCCAAGUCGCCUGUGGUUUCGGGGAUGGGGGCUCCGUUGUUUGCCCUAAGUGCGGACCGUUUUCCUUGGUCCGCUACUGCGGCAAGGACCAUCUGUGGGAGGAUGCCAAGAUGCACUGGGGGGGAUUGCGGGAAGAUCCCAGUCUUGUACCAGCACGUGGCCGCCUUCACCAGUGGGACAACCCUGAGCGCCAUCGUCAGGCGUUGUGGUUCAGUUCCGCCCGCGACCGAGGUGACUACUUCGUGUUCGCGGAGUGGGACGACCUGGUGAGGGCUGAGGACGCUCCAGCCAGUCACUUGGCGCUGCGAUGUUCACCUCGAAUCGCACACAUUGUGCGAUUCGAGGACGCCGAAGAGAAGGACCGGUUCCGCCGGUGCCUUGCAAUUUGUCUCUUCGCGGCGGUUGAACAUCCAGCCCUUGUGGACUAUCUUUACCGGCUUGUCCGGGACUGGAUGCGGGCCCACAACAUGUGGGCCAGUGACAAGGACAUGGACAGCAUGCUGCGGUAUCAGAUGGGACUCGAGAUGGGUGGCACCAUCGAUGCGAGCAGUCUUGGAUCCGACCUGCGCGAGCGAGCGUCGCCCACGUUGCUCGGUAACCACCGUAUGGGGUUGGGCUUCCGGAGAGUGUGCGAAGCCCUAGAAUCCAACUAUUGGAUUCUGAGGGCGCACCGAGCCACCCAUCCUUCGGUGAGCGACGUGGAUGCUCGCACGCGUGGUGGAGGAUUCUCGGAGGUCCUCGCGAAGGACCGGCGGACAUUCCGCCGUGGCGUCGGUUGGGACGGGGCGGGAACGGGCCCCAUGGAGGUGGAGAUUCCGUGGUCAGGGUAG